AUGCCACCCAAAAGCAGAGGGUCUCCAGUCCCGCCAGGCUUCCAAUCCAAGUCUACACCCAAUCUUCCCACGGUCCAUUCCCUCCGAGCUUCCGAAGUAGCCUCCGGACGCCAUGCACCCAACAAGCCGACCGACUCCUCCUCCAUAUUGAAGCCUGCGCCCAUACCCACUCGACGCGGGGAACCGAAGUCCCAAGAGAAACAUGUUCUUGAACACACCUCCAACUCCGAUUCCGACGAACAGAACCACAACCCGCGUCCCCUCCACCCCUCCCGCUCCCACUCCCUCUUCCCCCCCUUCUACAACCGCCCACCCAACCCCCUCCCCCCUUCCCCCUCCCUAACCUCUCUCCUCCGCCCAACAUUCACCACGACCCGCACCCCCACCCCCUCCCACUCAACCUACACCAGCACCCCAGACUCCUCGGACGCCGACCUCCCCCCCACAACCCCAACAAACUCGACCUCGACGACCACGCUCGCCAACCUCGGCGCCUCGGCCCCGCCCAUCCCCCCGCGCGCCUCCCCAAAAGUGCCCACGUACGAGUACUACGGCUUCGCGCUGUACCUCGCCAGCAGCCUCGCCUUCCUGCUGUAUCUGGUCUGGGCGUACGUGCCCUCGCCUUUACUGAGCCAGAUGGGGAUCCAUUACUAUCCGAAUCGCUGGUGGGCCCUCGCCGUGCCUUGCUGGUUGGUCGUCUGGGUCUUGUGGAUCUAUGUCGCGCUCGCGAGUUAUAAUACGGGGUACUUGACGCUGCCGGUCGGGAGUGUCGAGUGUUUGACGGAUGAGUGCGCGCAGGUUGCGGUUGUGGAUGCGAGGACGGGGAGGAUUGUGAGGAAGGCGAGGGGUGGUGGCGGCGGCGAGGAGCAGAGGAGGGCGGUGGAGGAUGAGGUGGCGAGGUAUCGGUUUGGCGCUGGGGAGGACGUGGAUUGGAGGGCGUUGUGGAGUAUGGGCACCGAUGCGGUGCUCGAUGUGCCCAUUGGCGGCGUUUGCGAGGUUUUGUAUGGAAGUGGGAGGGAUUUGCAUGAAGGGAUAGAGGAUGAUUGACAUAAGUGUAUCGUGUGCACAUCGCCCACUUGUAAGCACACUAAUGACAUCGCAUUUAUCAACGG